AUGCUCCCUUUCUCCACGCGGGCGGCGUACGACCUCACCUUCAGGGAUGACUCACAGGACAUCCACUCCAUCCCUAUUUGGUCGUCGCGAGUCCCUACUAGGGUCAAGAUCUUCGCCUGGCUUCUGUUUCAAGGUCGACUAAAUUGCAAAAUAAACCUCCUGCACAAGCAUAUUGUCUCUGAUGCCGUCUGCCCAAGAUGUGGCUUCGAUGGUGAAGAUACAUCUCACAUCUUCCUCAACUGCCCCCUAGCCCAGCGCAUCUGGCUAAGGCUGGGUUUCACACCUAGCGGUGGCAUCGAGGAUCUUUGGGCUUGCCCCACUCCAGCCGCUACGGAUCACCGGGUUUGGAACUUGGUACUGCUCAUCACUCUUUGGAAAAUUUGGGACUCUUGGAAUGCCAUGACUUUCAGGCAGCAAGACCACUACAGCAUCACCACUCUCACAAACAUAGUACAAGACCUUAUGCUCUGGACUCACCGGAUGAGAAAGCCAGAAGAAAAACAGGCCGCCUCCUCGUGGCGUUCUUACCUGUCCUCACGUUUACACGUGCCUAUGUAA